AUCCUAGGGCAUGUUUUCUGAGGGUUUCCUCAAGUGACCAGGAUAUAAAAAAGAAAAGAAAAAGAAUAUGAGUAGCUGGAUGUAGAUGCUUAUAUCUGUAAUAGUACUCAGUAGGCUGAAGCAGGUUGAUCGUCUCAAGUUAAAGGUAGUUCUGAGCUACACAGUGAGAUUCUAUGCCAAGGAAAAUCAACAAAAGAAGCCAUAUGUAAAAAUGGCAUAUCACAGCCAGGCAGUGGUGGCGCACGCCUUUAAUCCCAGCACUCGAGAGGCAGAGCCAGGCAGAUCUCUGUGAGUUUGAGGCCAGCCUGGUCUACAGAGUGAGAUCCAGGACAGCCAGAGCUGCUACACAGAGAAACUCUGUUUUGAAAAAUGAAAAAUAAAUAAUAAAUAAAUCAGGGAUUUCCAAAGACAUGUACUAGCUGAAGUAAGUUGCUCCCCAUCUGCCAUUAGACAAGUUAGUGGUGAAGCCAUGCUAUUAAGAUAGUGGGGAAACACGGGCUGUGCUCCACAAAGGCUCUGGACUAGGGCUGGUUGGCAGUCAGUGAUGAACUGGCACUCUGGGGUGUAUGGGUUAGCCAUAGUGCACUUACCUAGCAUGCUUGAGGUGCUGGGCUAUUAGCCAGGAGGCAGGGGUGCAUGCUUGAGGGGCUUGUUUCAGGUUUGUGAAAGUAAUGAUUCUAAGUAAAACUUUAAAAACCCAACCAAACAAAACACAGGUGACGCUUUCUUCCCCCACAUCUUGACGUGCUUCUCUUUUUGCAUGGUACUGGGGACUGACCCCAGGACUCCUGCCCAUGCUCGGCAAGCCCUCUAUCACCGAGCUACAUCUUCAUUCUUUCUCUUAACAAGUGUUGUGCACCAAUUCUUUCGUUGUAUAGCUUUGGACAAGUUUAUUUUUUUUGUCAGUUGUUCCAGUCAUAUGUGGGCACACAAGUUACUCAAAAUGCCUGCUGCCUGAAUAAGCAAAUGAUUUCCCGAUGAAUUUCAAGUUCUUUAUUUGGCAGUGCUGGGAGCACUAAGUGGUGAGCUCCAGCCCAAUGCGGCAAGCUCUGGAAAGGCAGGAACCGACCCGAAGCUCCCGGCUGGCUGUCAGAUCCCGACUGCAGGGAGCAAACUAUUAAGGGGCAGAAUUUUAUCAGAUAAGCUGAGGUAGGAUCCUGGAAGGGAGCCUUCCACAAAGAAGAAGAGCGGGCGGAGACCGCCGCCGCCACCGCCGCCACCGCAAGGGCUGCUGGGAAGCGGCGGUCAUCCGGAGUACCGCGGAGCCCUGACAUCACGCACGCCGCCGCAAGCCCCGCCCCCUGAGCGGCUCACGUGGCCGAGGGGCGGGGCCAGCGCUCGGUUUGUGGGAGUCAGAGCCAUGGCGGGCUUGGUUGACUUCCAGGACGAGGAGCAGGUGAAGUCUUUCCUGGAGAACAUGAAAGUGGAGUGCCACUACCAGUGCUACCGCGAGAAGGACCCGGACGGUUGCUAUCGGCUGGUGGACUAUCUGGAGGGAAUUGAGAAGAAUUUUGAUGAAGCCGCCAAGGUGCUGAAGUUCAACUGUGAGGACAACGGGCACAGUGACAGCUGCUAUAAGCUGGGGGCCUAUUACGUGACUGGAAAAGGUGGCCUGACUCAAGACCUAAAGGCUGCAUCUGCUUGCUUUCUGAUGGCCUGUGAGAAACCAGGAAAGAAGUCUGUGGAAUCAUGUCACAAUGUUGGACUCCUGGCACACGAUGGACAGGUCAAUGAGGAUGGCCAGCCUGACCUGGGAAAGGCCAGGGACUACUACACCAGGGCCUGUGAUGGUGGCUUUGCAGCCAGCUGCUUCAACCUCAGUGCCAUGUUUCUACAGGGUGCCCCUGGCUUCCCCAAGGACAUGGGUUUGGCAUGUAAAUAUUCAAUGAAGGCCUGUGACCUGGGCCACAUCUGGGCCUGCGCCAAUGCCAGCCGCAUGUACAAACUGGGGGAUGGUGUUGAUAAGGAUGAGGCCAAGGCUGAAAUGCUGAAAAAUCGGGCCCAGCAGCUGCACAAAGAACAGCAGAAAAACGUCCAGCCUUUAACGUUUGGGUAGUGUGUGGCCCAUCCUCCCGAGCAACAGACGACUUGACACUGGCAGCUCUGAUGAGGCCAGAAGAGCCCUUGGAGGUCAGUCAGUGCCAUGUGCACCCGAGUGUCGCCUGCUGGGAGUGGCUGGAAGUUUGUUUUAGUAAAUAAUCCUUUGUGUGUAUUCUGUGACGACACCCACGUUAUGGGGGUUUUAAUUUCUAAACUGGACCUCUGAAAAAUAGAAGCAAACUGUAGAGCCAUAGCCUUUUGGGGUUGGGAGACAAAGAGAAGUUGGGAAAUUUAGCAGCCACGGGCCUCAAAGAAUCAGCUAUCAUUAUCAUUUUAGUCGGAAGAUCUUGAAAAUUAGAAAGUAUCCUAAUUUGCAUAACAGAGGUCUUGAGGAGCUAAGAACAGCGGCAGUCACGACUGCCGCCCUCUGCCUUAUGUAACCACGGUGUGGGCUCCUUGCCUUUCCAGUCAGACCUUUCGACAGAUUUAUAGGGAUCGGGAGCUCUGUGCCACAUGAAAGUUGAAGGUAGUUAGGUUAUGCCUUGUGGUGGCCAAAGAAGACAAGACCUAAGUGUCCUCUCUUUUAGAUAAGAAAUUUACAGUUAAAAAUUAACCUCCUCAGCUACCUCUGCUCCUCAGGGGAAGACAGAGGACUCUUGAAGCAGCUCCACCUGGGAAUUUGGGAGAGGGAUAGCACAAAGUUGUCCACUGAACAGAGCCUUUUUCUUUUCGGCGGUGGGGGCGGGGAGGGGUGCUCUAAACAGGGUUUCUCUGUGUAACAGCCCUGGCUGUCCUGGAACUCACUCUGUAGACCAUGCUGGCCUCGAACUCACAAACAUCUGCCUGCCUCUGCCUCCCGAGUGCAGGGAUUAGAGGUGUGUGCCAUCAUCACGUGGCUGCUGCUCUUUUGAACAGGCCUGUGCUGCCUAUGCUGGCCUUAAACUCCCAGGCUGCCUCAGCUAUACCAGGCAGGACUGAACUUGUUAAACUGUCCAGAUGAGUGAGCUGUUUCAGUUGAUUGAUUUAUCUGGUAUGCUCUUGUUCUCCAGAUCUUGGCAGGAUGGAAUGUGUUCAUCAUGGUGGCUGUGCCUUUUUCUUUCUUGCCUUUGUGUGUGUGCCUUUUUAAUAAUUUUUUCCCUUCUAUUGUCUCUAUUGGUCACCAGGGGGCGAGCGUGUCCUUUUCCUCUGAUAGCUGGACCACUGUAGCUGUCACUACCCUGGUCUCCUUUCCGGUCUGGCAGCUAGCUGCUCCAGAAGGCAAGCUUGCCUUGAGCCUUGUGAGCUCAGCCAGCUGCCCUCUCAAGCUGAUACAGGGGAGGGCCUGUCCUGAGUGGAGAGAGCGUUUAAAAGCCAUCAAGUUUGUGUUUAGGAUGUCUUGGAAAUUGCGUUUGGUGUGAUUGGCUGCUGUAGGCCAACGCAUAGGAAAAGAUACUAAUCGUGGGGGCCUAUGCAUGAAAACCACAUGAACUCUUCUGCUGUCCCGGGAAGGAGGCAACUGAUUCCUGCAAGCUGUCCUCUCACCUCCAUGCAGGAGUGCACACACAGUAAAAACAAAUGUGAUAAGAAUUAUAAAACAGUAGACAGUUGAUGAAAAGAACUGAAAGCUGUGUGCGGUGGCGGGCACACUCUGGAGACAGACAGCCUGAUGUACACGGAAGUUCCUAACCAGGAGAACCCACCAGAAGUGGCAAAUGCGUGUGUUAGAGGUCCUCUGCAGCGUGUCAGGAGGGUACAAACUGCACCGAGCACACUGCUGUGACUGUAGAGGCUGAAACACACCAAAUGCAGGUGGGAUUGUGGAGAGGCAAGGACUUGCCUCACUCAUGAAAACAAAAGACGUCUCAGCCACUUGGGAAGACAGUUGAUGAGUUUAACAAAACUAAACACAGUGUCUUGGUGACCCUGCCUCUUUAUAUUUCCCCAGGGGAAUUAGAAGUAUACUCAUGCAAAAACCAGCACAGGGGUUUUCAUAGCAGCCUUACUUAUAAUUGCCAAAACUCGGAAGCAACAAAGAGGUCCCUCAGUAGAUGAAAGGGUAAAUGAUACAUACAGACAAUGGACUGUCUAGUACUAAAAAGAAAUGAGUUAGUCACAAGAGAUGUAGAGGGUUAUUACUGAAGGAAAGGCCAAAUCUGAAAGGGUUACGUUCUUUUUUGUUUGUUUGUUUUUUGAGACAGGGUUUCUCUGUAGCUUUGGAGCCUGUCCUGGAACUCUGUAGCCCAGGCUGGCCUUGAACUCACAGAGAUCCUCCUGCCUCUGCCUCCUGAGUGCUAGGAUUAAAGGUGUGUACCAUCACUGCCUGGAGUUACAUUCUUGUUUCCAAUGUAUGAUACUGGUGUCCUCAAAAAAAAGUGAUAGAAGUAAGUUAGAGCCUGGCAGUGUGGCUCUGUGGUGGAAGGCUGAGUUUCUGGGUUCUACAGGUUCCAGUACUCCAGGAAAAGUUGAGUGGCAGGCUGCAGAGGUGGCUUAGUGUAUAAGAGCACUCACUGCUCUUGCAGGGAACCUGACUUUGGUUCCAUCACUCACUGAUGGCUCAGAACCUCCUAACUCCAGUUCCAGGAGAUCUCAUACCCUCUUCUUGUCUUGGCACAGGUAGUAGGCACGUACAUGGUACACACACACACACACACACACACACACACACACACACACACACACACACACGUAUAUAUAAAGGCAAAA